AUGACCUCGACAUCAUCAACAUCCCUUCCAUCUCCAUUCAUUCUCACCGAUAAGACAACACCCGCUGAUCUUAUCAAGCACCUUGAGCUUGAGAAGGAUGAUCCCGACACCAUUACCAUCAACACUCAGAAGAUCAAUGGUUUGACCAUUCGCCUCUCAUCAGUUGAUCAAUUGAGAUCCUUUGGUCUCACUGCUGGCAUCGCAACUGCUUUGUUCAAUAUCGCACACCCAGCCCAAGCUCCCGGUGCUGCAGGAGGAGGUGGUGGCCAAGCGCCCGAGACAGAGAACGUGUCGUUUUGGGUUGCCCUUCAGACAUGUGCCAUCGAUCCAACAUCCAUGGUACUCACCCUUCCCAAUGGCUUGCAUUUCUUGGGAAACCCUUCCAAGAGAUCAUCACUCUACGUGAGAGAGUGCUACGAGGAGAUGAAGAAUCUGAUCUUUGCCCAGUUUGACCGAUACGAAGGAAUCGCGACACUACCUGGCUCUGCAUCUGCGUCAAGCUCGGCGCCACCACCACCAGAUCCAAUCUACGGCUCAUUUGUCGUGACUGGCACCCCUGGCAUUGGAAAGUCAUGCUUCCUCUACUAUCUGAUGCUGGAGAUCGCAAAGAAGAAGGCUCCGCUCGUGGUCCACUCCAUUCAUUCCAACUCUGCACAUUCCUUCUAUCUCUACACUUUCGAUGGGAAUGGAACACCAAUUGUCAACCGUGGACCAAUAGAGCUUGUGAUUCCCUACCUCACCAAGAAGUCCACCUACUAUUUGGUUGACAGUCUCAAGGUGUCCAAUGCCGCUGCCAAGACAAUCAUUGUGUCUUCCCCCGAUCCAGCACUGUACAAGGAGUUCCUGAAGAACGAUCGUACCACUCGCAUGUUUAUGCCCCCCUGGGAGAAGGAUGAGCUUGACCAUGUCAAACCCCUCUUGUAUCCUCAAGUGCCUCAGGCAACUCUCGAGGAUCUUUGGCUAAAGUGGGGUGGCAUUCCACGCUUUGUCUUGGAGAAGGCAGUCAAUGCAGCUUUCCAACACUCUCUCGAGAAUGGAAUCACAACACUUGACCUUGACACAUGUGCAAAGAGCGUUGGCGAGGAGGACCCACAAGCACCAGGCAGUCACAAGAUCAUUCAAAUCAUCCCGAUCGACAUCAGUGGCAUUCCAAAGUAUGGUGCAAUGGUUCUUCGUUUCUCAUCCAAGUAUGUUGCCAGCAAGGUGGCCAACGCAAUCGCGGAAAAGAACUUGGAACAAGUCAAGAGUCAUCUUUCAGUACCCAGAUUCCUUCACUCACCACUUGGAGGGUCAUUCCUAGAGGCCGUAGUGCAUCGACAGUUGAAGGAACAUGGAGGCCAAUUCCAGAGAAGAGCCCUCAAGACCAACCUUGUCGACACCAUUACAUUCCCCAGGCCAUCUUCAUCAGCGAUCAUCAAGUCAAUCACCGAUAUUGGUCCAGCUCUGGACAACAUAUAUCUUGUGCCCAGCUUCUCCAACUUUCCAGCCAUCGAUAGCUUGAUCAAGCCCAAUCAGCUGUUCCAAGUAACAGUAUCAGCAGAUCAUCCGCCUCUGAUGAAAGAACUGACCAGUAUUGUUGAUCAACUUGGAGCUACAGUGGCAAACGUAGAGCUCUAUUUCGUUCUUCCCCAGGACCAAUUUUCUUCUUUCAAGGAACAACAUUACCUCACAACGUCCAAGACCAAAGAUGUCAAACUGACACCCCAGGUCAAGAAGAUCACACAAUACGCAUUGCUCUUUGAGUUGUAA